GGUGCCUAGUGUUCAGUAACCGCCGCUUGGGCCUCACGGCAGCUGCAGUAGCUCAGACACAGGCCUGGCGGGGUAGAAAUGACGGGCCGGCGCGUGGCUAGGCCGUGACCGGGCUGUGGCCUCGGCGUCAAGGCCUCCCAGAUGCCGGUUGGGGCUCUGCGGAGCAGAAGCGAGGUUGGACCUGGGCUGCGGGCCCGUUAAGAGGCCGACGGGCCGGCUCGCCAGUGCGGGGUGGAUGCAGCGGCGGCGGCGAUGGACGCCCUAGAGGAAGAGAGCUUCGCACUGUCUUCCUCUUCCGCCUCUGACGCAGAGUUCGAUGCUGUGGUCGGAUAUUUAGAGAACAUUAUCAUGGAUGACGAGUUCCAGUUACUGCAGAGAAACUUCAUGGAGAAGCACUACCAGGAGUUCGAAGACACAGAAGAGAAUAAACUCACCUACACACCGAUUUUUAACGAAUAUAUCUCCUUGGUAGAGAAGUACAUCGAAGAGCAGCUGCUGGAGCGGAUUCCGGGGUUCAGCAUGGCGGCCUUCACGACAACUCUGCAGCACCAUAAAGAUGAAGUGGCCGGUGACAUAUUCGACAUGCUGCUCACGUUUACCGACUUUCUGGCCUUUAAGGAAAUGUUUCUGGACUACAAAGCAGAAAAAGAAGGCCGGGCACUGGACCUAAGCAGCGGAUUAGUGGUGACUUCACUGUGCAAACCGUCCUGCCUGCCAGCUUCCCAGAACAGCCUGCGCCACUAGUCCCACCACUGGCGGUGAGAUCGUCCUGGGCCUCGGCAGCCCAGUGGCUUCGGCUAAAGAUGGAAGAAUAGAUCUUCGAGGGACCAGCUCUGUUCUGCAACUCUUCAUUAAUGUGACAAGUAUUGAUGAGUAAAAAAAAAAAAAAUUACGUGACCCUCCCAGAACCCAUUCCUUCAGAAAAACCUGUGCCCAGUAACCCUGGUAUCCUUCUUAGGUGGACCUCUCGCUCAAGGGCCACAGCCGGGCCCUGCCGCGGGCCGCACCCAGCACCCCAGCGGGGGUCUUCCCCAGCCGGUGGUGGUGUGUCAGCGCGCAGGUCUCAGGCCUUUGCCUCCGUGGGGCUGUUACCGUGUGUAGCUUCCACCUCGGGCUCGACUCGGGCCAGCUGUCUGUCGUGGAGUCCCUGAACCUCUAUUGUCACGGCGAGUCUUGGCCAUAGGAAUGAACUGAGAGUGUCCUUUAUGUCCUUUACCUGAGAGCUACAUGUUCAAGUCCAUUUCUGGUCUUCUGUUUGCAGUCCCUGUAUCACCGUGUCUUCUGCUGGUCCUGAUAUAGUCCCUGUUUCUAGAACUCUCUCCUAAGCAUUUUUGAAAAAUAUUUUUAUAGAUAAAUACUCAGGCUAACCUAGUGGCUAUAAUCUUGGAACUUCCACGAUUACCCACUUCAAGAUCAAAGUAUUAUAUGCGUGUGCUCUUUAGUUGUUAGUCAUUAGCGCAGGGAGAGGGCAAGUGCUCUCUGCGCCAGCGGCCCCGGCUCUCCGGGCCCCAGUGAGCGUGCGCUCCUGCUGGAAGUGGACCGAAGGCGUCCUCCUCUCCUUCCCCAGAGUGUGCUGCGUGCUGCGUGCUUGAGCAGGUUAGCUUUAUCUUCUUCUGUGUAAAGCACUGUGUUAGCCUUUCUGUUGGAGUAGUGUCUGCAGUUGCUUCUUCCGGUCAAAAAUCUUCCUCCCAAGGCAGGAGGAGGGCGCACAGACAGCUUCCCAGCCCACCUGUCUGCUUCGGCUCGGUGCGGCAGCUUAGGCAGUGCUGCCAGACGGAACCGUGACACACGCUGCCACGUCUUGAGGAAGAGAUAACGGCUCAGUUCCCGGUGUGCACCUUAGAUUUUUUCUUUUAAGUAAAAAUAACCUGUACUGACUUUCCACCUGGCUGUUCCGACUUUAAACAAUGAGCUAUGUACAGACUCUGAUUUUGUACUGAUGUGGCGCUUACUGAAUACAUCUGCACUGUGAGUAAAAUUCAAGGUGUUUUGCAAGAA